GUCAUGAGGACGUGGCCAGAGGAAGCUUUUCCGGCUCCGCUAUCAUUGAUCAAAUUCUAUCGCCUGUUGCGUUCCGAAGGAAAGACCACUUUGAGCGAGAAGGUUGUCGGAAUACCAAACGAGAAUUCAUGCGAAGAUGCAUAUUCGUGGACGGAGUGUCACGCGGAGGAUCUGAUAGCGCUAGAAAGCCCAAGACGCAACAACGAAGGCAGUCCCGACGCUGAGCAGCCGUCUGGAAUCGAGAUGCAACGUCGCGGUGAAUUAUGCGAGAACGCGGACGAGCGAGUACUCUUGGUAGUUGACCACAGCUUGUUCCGCAAACGGACUGCCAAAGAGCGACGCGAGUCAUUAGCAACGAUCUCUGCUUACUGCAUGAUCUCGCAUCGCGUAACACAGAGGGUUCUGUCCAGAGCAGAGAAUCACGAGAGAAGCGUAAAGACCGACCGCCUUCUUCCGCUUGCCAUCGAGCGAAGGACGCUUCGAGUUUUGGCUUUGCGACGCGCAGAGCAUCUCUUUUAUCAGUAUGCAGUGGAAGAGGCGCGAGCACGUAUGGCAUGUUGCGUACGCACAAGCGGAGAAAGCUUUAGAACUCUUACAGGGCCAGACAUGCACAGGGCUUUGCACUCACCAGAACAACCUGAGGACCAGGACGUGCGCUUAGAUUCGGCAUUGUCACGCGAGGAUUACGCGCCAAUGCUCCUUGACUGGGUUAUGUCGUGCUUCCUCCUUUCUGAAUCUUACGAUAAUUGUGAAAAGGGGGAGACCGCGAAAAAAGGCACAACAGUUACUUCGAUGCCACACGCAAAUGAUACGCAAGACACGCCGUCGGAAACCCCACUGCUGUCACGAAGCACCCCAGUCUUGCGCCGCUCUCCUGCCUACGCAGACGUUUUGCGCUUUUGUCCAAGCAGUUUUCGUGCGCAGCAUCAGGAGUUUGUGAUAGAUGCCAUCCUCCAAGGUCGAAGUGACGUCGUUGCGUGCGCCCCUCGAGAAAUUCGCUGUAGCGAGAGGUUUGCCUUUUUGGCUUCGGUGUACGGCCCCACACUCGGCUUUUUGCCGACUUUUCGUGAUUUCACACCUGUGGUUUCGUUCUCGAUUGCGCAUGAUCUGCGGCAAAUUCGCUGGGUGCCUCUGCGGUCUGGUGGCUGGGUGAAAAAUGGUACGACGGAGCUUGGUGAGUACAAUGCCCGUGGAUUGCGACUAUCCGGUGGCGGAACGCCUGAUGGGGUCGUGUCCACCAUUAUAUCUUCGAAAUGCCCUCUAAUGUUGAAGUAUUGCCCUGCUGAUAUGCGAGAAAUUCCAGCCAUGUGCUGCGUCCCCUAUCUCAUGAACCCCAGUGACGUUCCUCAUCGAUUUCAUACCGAUCGCGGCUUUGUCCUAGACCAGUUAAAGGCAUACAUCCAAGAUGCGGACGAGCACGAAAAUAUUGUCGGCUAUACAUUUUCGCAUGACACAGAAGCUGAAAUCUUGGAUCGAUUUGCUCACGAUGCUGAGAUCAUGGAGAAGAUGCAGGAGGCCGCGCGACGACGUGCUGAAGUUGAAGCUGCUGGAGGACCAUCACUUAUGUAUGAUACUCCCGACCUGCAAAGGAGAGGAGUAAUUCGAUACUUCUGCUAUCCCCCCCACGAGCAGCUUGUAUCAAACAGAGGCGUCUGAUUAGGCCGAGGAUGGAGAAGAAACAGAAAAGGUGAAAUGGUGACCGGAACCGUUUUUUCUUAGAGCGAUUCACUUCGCAUAAUUGGAAAACUUAUACAACAUCACAAUGGAACCAGCAGUAUCAGUAAGUACUCUAAUUGCUUCUGCUUUGAGGGUAGUUUCGGAUGGACGGAACUCGGUGUCUUUCAAAUAUGAUGUAGGACCCCUUUUACUGCUCGCAGGGGAAAAGAUCUUGCGGGAACCUUUCAUGUAACCUUUCUCGAUGCCUUGAAACUCAAAUAACAGCCCUUUGUUUUCUUGAUAUCUCGACCGAAAUUUAUUGUAGUCGUUGAUGUGGUGCUGACACAUGAAUGAUUUUGAUCUUCAUUUUUGUGAUUUGCCCUUUACACAGCAUAUGUAGAGAAGCCGUAAAAAUAGUGAAUGAUGAGGCCAUGAUCAGCUUCGAGAACACUUAAUACUUACUUUGAUUUGAUUUCAUCCUGAACCUGAUAGUAAGUAGUAUGAUCAAUACAAGAUCAUGAUAGAUGCGCUUGGCUUGCACGUGUCUGAGAUCCACGCCGACGAAGUCAGUGUUGCCAGGUAAUUAUCCUUCAUCUGAGCUUCCACAUAAAGAUGAAAACGAACUAAUCUUUCGUGUAAGUCGCUCUCUCAGUAAAGGCAGGGGGGAUCAUUUUGCAGGAGCUUGUUACAAGUUUUUCAAUUUGAUUCCGGGAGCAAGUGACCAUAUUUAUUUUAUUGACUUGGGAUGAUGUAUUGUUAUUGUACAACUGGGAUUAUAACAAGUCGACAGCCAGUUUGUUAUCCCUUCGGAUGCAGCCC